AUGUCGGUGACUUUACACACCUCCCUCGGCGACUUGAAACUCGAACUCUUCUGCGAAGACGCGCCUGCGACCUGCUUUAAUUUUCUCGCUUUAGCCGCCUCCAACUAUUACGAUGGCACGAUUUUCACUCGCAUCAUCAAGAAGUUCAUCGCGCAAGGCGGCGACCCGACCGGAACUGGGAAAGGAGGCGAAUCGAUUUACGACGGAGGACGAAUGUUCGAGGACGAAAUACGAGAGCACUUGAAAUUCACGAACAGAGGGAUAGUGGCCAUGGCGAAUGCCGGGAAAGAUAUGAAUGGAAGUCAGUUUUUCAUCACGUUCGCGAAAGCGCCGCACAUCGACGGGAAGAAUACCAUCUUCGGGAAAGUCAUCGAUGGAUUUCCGGUUUUGGAUAUGAUGGAGAAAGCGAAGGUGGACGAAUCCAUGAGACCUUUGACGGACGUGAAGAUAGAAAGAGUGACUAUUCACGCGAAUCCAAUGGCAUCUCGAUGA